UCCCCUCUCUGUAAUUUUUUCAAAAUUCUUCUCGCUGACUGCUCGUGUCGAAACAGAAACUGAAAUUAAAUUGAACUCGGUGCGCGUGCAGACUGCUUAGAAUUCCCAUAUUUAAUUGGUUCGGACUAGAUCGACGGCCAAAGCCAAACCAAAGUCGGGGUCUAAUCGAGUACAUGUAAAUUUUUGGCAUAAAACAGCCGCGACUUCUUGGAGGCAGCGCACUAGACACAGCAGUUCCGCCGGGGCAGCAGCUACUCCUACUUCGAAUCCAAACCAAUCCAGGCCAGACCUGCACUGCAACCGAGCUGAAGCCAGCCCAGUCACCUGUGCCGAUUUCGUAAUCCCAGUCAGGAAUACUCCGAUUCCAAACGCGAGUGAAAGUGCGCGAGUGUUGGUGCGGCCAAAGAAAAUUUCUCGAACCACAUAUUUCCUGCAGCAGCAGUUCAUAGUCAUCAGGAAUACACAGAAGUCAUCAUGAGUGGAUACACGGACCUCACCAAGCUGGAGACAAGUCGAAACUGUCUGCGCCGCAUCGCCCGUCACGAUGAGCAGCAGUUCUCCAAAGACAGCAUUGUCAAUGUGAUGGAGAAGUUUGUAAAGACUGUCAACAUUAUGGACGACACCAUACUGGUGCCAUGCAGGCUCAUGGAUCGACAGAUCGGCGACAGCACUGAUAUCAUCCCAGCCACCGGCAAGGACUCGACCGCCAACCAGCUGACACAGACCUCCAGUGCCCACGGCAAGCGGGGAGCGGCGCAUUCGAAAAAUGUCCAAGACUUUCUCAGCGCAUCCGAGCUGUUCAAUCUGUACAACAUGCUGAACUCGCUGAAAAAAGAUCUACUUUGGACCGCCAACCAGGAGGACGACGAGCAGCAGCACUCACAACAGCAGCUCAACGCCAGUGCCAGUUCCACUUCGAGCUGCAAUCCCAGCGAGAGCAAGACUGAGUUCAACAGCGGCAGUCCAAGCACAACCGCUUCCGGAAGUGUCAAGGGUCAUGUGCGCCGUACCUCUACCGCCUCGAUGAUGUCCACCAACUCGGUGAGCAACAUGAGUGACUCUGACUCGGACAUAUCGCAGGAAAACGACUCGGGGCUAGAGUCCGAUGGCAACAAGAGCGACAACGCCCAAAGCAGCGACGGCAGCGACAUUGUAGACGUCGCCAAAUCGAAGCAGGGCUCGGGGGACAAGGCCACGGAGCUGGCCAAGCGCUGCCGGAGGCAUCUUAACGGUCUGUACCAGUGCCUAGAACAAAUGACAGAGGCGGCCAACUACCUGACCGCCAGAUACCAAAGUGAUAUUGGGCCCGUCUAGGACCGCCAACUCAAGGCCUUCUCGACCCUCUAUUUCCUCCAACUCCUACACCUACACUAUCACUUCCUUUCGAGCUGGUCGGGGUUAACUUCAUACCAUAGUCGCGGGCGGGUCUUUACACUCAUUAUUAUAAAGUGUGAGGUCUUUUUUUAACUUUAACUAUAACUGUAUCAAAUAUCUAUAUCUAUGUAUGUAUAUGAUUAUGUAUAUGUAUCUUGAGGAGGUGCUAAGCAAGACAUAUGAGAAUCGUAUGUGUGCACGAGGAUUGUAUAAAUGUAAAACUGAGGAUGAUGAAUAACUGGUAGAUAUAGUAGUGGAUAAAGCAGCGCCUAAGCAACAAAUUAACAAACGUUCUUUUGUAAAAAUUGUAACCUCUGAGUUGCAUCUCUCUUAUGGGUUUAAGGGUAACCAAAGUCAAAAAUCACAGAAGCGAGUCGCAUCCAUCCCAAUCAUUCCUUCUGUACCCGUUGGGGCUCCACUGCGCCCAAGUCAAAAAAUUAUCCAUCCUGGCGCAGCGGUGGCACCGGCCCGAAUAUCCCUCUUCUUUGCAAUUGAUUUUCGUAUUUAUAUAUUGGAUAGAUAGCUAUGGGAACUGCAACACAACACUAAAGCAACAAUGUUCAACAAGUACAAGAAAUCUAAUUUCUAACUAAAUUACGAAUACGAACGUAAGUGAAGUGGGAGCUAUGCUUGUGGAGACGGGACCACUUCACUUUUAGUCUGUACGCAAAGUUAUAUAUUCCACAAUUGUUAUUGUAAUUGUUUAAGCCAACUAUUUGUGCCGUUAUGUUUCGUUUGAUUUCCUCUUCGCAGCCGACCAGGGACACCCAGUGGUUACAGCAGGAGUAGGGAGGAUCGUCCCAAACCCCACCAAAGGUCACCUGGAUAUCCGACUGUGUGUCCCUGGUUCGACAACGAGGACUGCAGAGCAAACUGUAAAUUACUAACGUUAAUAGCGCUUGUGCGAGAGCUAAAAGAGAAUUAUUUAUACACAAUAAAUAAAUUUUACUUAGAAAAUAUA